UCUGGGCUGGGCUGUAAGCGUGCUAUGAAAGGGUAGGAGUUGAUAUUUGGAGUUGACGCAGAGUUGUGGAAAAUAUCCUGAAAGUACUAUCCAACUGAAACAUUUUGAAACUGGAUGUAAACCGAUAACCAUCCGCUCAAUAGGUAUUUCUGCAACAAAUACGUCGGUUGUUUCUAAUAGCUAGCUAAUAUAAGGGAACAAAGUAGCUACUCUUAGUAAACUUUGGACGUUAGCUAGCUAUAACAGCUAACAACUAGCAGCUAGCUAAUAAGAGGCACCAAGGUAGUCGCUACGGUGAACUUUCUGUGACGUAAUAGGCCUCGGACCGCGGGGCUGAACUGCAACAGGUCGUGAAGUACGCUAAGCUAUGAAGAGACACGGAAUAGUGUGACGGUGACUUUUAUCUCAUUUAUUUUCUAACAGUCAAACAAAACAAGGUAAAACUCUUAGCUGACUAAUUUAUUUACAGAACACUUUUAAGUACUGAAAUAAUUUUUGGCUGCAAUCCGUGGCUAGCUAGCUAGCGUUAGCUGGCUAUCUGUCGACUUGGCUGUCGUUCUUCGGCUCCUCACUUGGAAAAAAUUCCACGGACAAAAGGGAUUCAGAAGAAACUGGUUAAAUGCGCUACGAAACCAAGAUGAUGCCGAUGUUUCUGACCGUAUACCUCAGUAACAAUGACCAGCAUUUUACGGAGGUGCCCAUCACUCCGGAGACGAUCUGCCGCGACGUGGUGGAGCUGUGUAAGGAGCCGGGUGAGGUGGACUGCCACCUGGCCGAGGUUUGGAGAGGCUCUGAGCGAGCCAUGGGAGAGGGAGAGAGGAUGCUGGAUCUGAUACAGAGGUGGGGGGCACGCAGGGCCGAAGUCCGCUUCUUCCUGCGCCACGACCGAGCACCCGGGCGAGAGGCAGGGAACACCAGGGGCAUAGAGCAGAAGAGGAACGGGAUUAAAGGAUCCUCCGAUAGAAGAAUGGAGAAUGGGGUGGCUGCUCCACGGAUGGACAUGACUCUGGCUGAGCUGCAGGAGAUGGCUGCCCGGCAACAGCAGCAGAUUGAUGCUCAGCAACAGCUCCUAGCCUCCAAGGAGCAGCGUCUGCGGCACCUGAAGCAGCAGGAGCACAGGCAGCAGCAGCAGGCGGCCGAGCAGGAAAAGCUGCAGCGCCUCCGCGACAACGUGCAGAAGCAGGAGGCACGGCUGAAGAAAGUGCGUGCCCUGAAAGGCCAGGUGGAGCAGAAGCGCAUCAGCAACAGCAAACUGGUGGAGGAGAUCGAGCAGAUGAACAACUUGUUCCAGCAGAAACAGCGGGAGCUGGUGGUGGCUGUGUCUAAAGUGGAAGAGCUAAGUAGGCAGCUGGAGAUGCUAAAGAACGGCAAAAUGGACACUCUCCAUGACAACCAGGGCUCUGUGGCCGAACUGGACCGUCUCUACAGAGAGCUUCAGCUGAGGAACAACAUGAACCAGGAGCAGAAUGCCAAGCUGCAGCAGCAACGUGAGAACCUGAACAAGCGCAACCAGGAGGUGGCUGCCAUGGACAAACGCGUCAGCGAGCUCCGUGACCGCCUCUGGAAGAAGAAAGCAGCGCUGCAGCAGAAGGAGAACCUUCCGAAUGACUUUCCUGUUAAGGAGAAGCCUUCCAAAGACGCCCAUGCCAAGGUGCCCCCUGAUGGCUACGCGACUCAGCCGGUGGGUCCGUCCCGGGUGGCAGCGGUGGGGCCGUAUAUCCAAUCAUCUACCAUGCCCCGUGGCACAGUGAGGCAUGACCUGCCUGUGAAGCCCACCUACCCGGACGGCACGGCCACGCUGCCGCCUCAAGAAAGGGGCACGGGCUUCGCCCAGGGGAAACCCGGUCCAGGACUGCAGUCAGCGAAGUUGUCUAAAGCAUCCGAGUGGAGCUCCCCCACCGCCGAGCCCAGCACCACCCACGGCUCCUCCACCCUCCCGCGCAUGGCAAGCCAAGGCGCGGCUGAGCAAGAUGAUGCGGAGGUGCUGAAACGUACUCAACUUCAGGACCGCAGGGUGCGCCCAGUGUCCAUGCUCGAGGCCGCUGAGGCACCUGCUGCGACCUUACGUAAGAACCAGAGCAGCGACGACCUCGUCAGGGACGCCCAGAGUGGCAUUAAAAACAUGGUCAAGGUUCCACCUCCGGUGCCAAGCAAACCCAGGCAGGUCAAUUUGCCCUCCGGUGGUCAGAUGGAGAACAGCAAGCUGUCCCUCAAGAACAAGCCUGCCAACCAGCAGCAAGCCACCGGCUCCCAUGCGCGUGCGAUCCUUCCCAACUCGCAGAGCAGCACUUUACCCCUGCCCCCUAAGCAAGAGGCCCCGCCAGCUGCCACCGUGCGGCCGUUCACCCCGGAGCUCCCGGGGUCCAAGGACCCAGGCGGGCAGGUCUUGCCUAAACCCCAGACGCUGGCGGCAAGCUCAAUCUACUCCAUGUACACGAAGCAGCCCACCCCAGGAAAAGGCUUCCAGCCGGGGGUGCAGGGAGCACUGAACCGCUCCCAGAAUCGCAACAACUUUGUCAGCAUGUACGCCAAGCCUGUGAUUCCCUCUGGCCCGCAGCCGCAGCACAUAGAGAACCCUUACCUGGAGCGGCCCAGUGGCGCCGACAUGGAGGCAGCCCCCGUUGUGAAUGGCGGCCCCGUCCCCGAGAACCAGGAGCCCGAACGUGUGCCCAGGCCCCUGAGCCCCACCAAACUGCUGCCCUUUAUCUCCAACCCAUACCGCAACCAGAGUGACGUGGACCUGGAGGCGCUCAGGAAGAAGCUGUACAAUGCGCCACGGCCUCUUAAGAAGCGUAGCUCCAUCACGGAGCCCGAGGGGCCCGCCGGCCCCAAUAUCCAGAAGCUUCUCUACCAGAAGACCACGCUGGCAGCCAUGGAGACCACUGUGAGCUCCCCAAGCCCUGCAGAGGAGGAGGUAGCUGUGCCAGCUGAUCCCCUCCUCCCUGAGGAGCACGUGCCCGAGGAGCCCGAGCAGCCACCCCCUGACUUACCAGUGCCCACAACUGUGCUGAAGAUUGACGGUGAGGACUUCAUACCGCCCCCGCCCCCUGCACACCCAGCCCCACGGCCCGAGGACGCCCUCCUGCCCCCACCACCUCCCCCUGUGGCGGAAGACCAGACACUUGAGCUGCCCCUGCCUUCUGAGAGCUACUUGGAAGAGUUCCCCCCAUACCCUCCUCCUCCGUAUCCCAGCGGCGCCGAGCAGGAGGCUCUGGGAGAAGACACCUUUAGCAUGAAGCCUCCCGAAAUCACAGGCCAGGUUCCACUACCGCCUGGUAAACGGACGAACCUGCGGAAGGCUGGGUCUGAGCGCAUUGAUCACAGCAUGCGGGUGAAAUUCAACCCCCUCGCCCUGCUGUUGGACUCUUCCCUGGAAGGCGAGUUUGACCUUGUGCAAAGGAUCAUCUAUGAGGUUGAGGACCCGAGUCAGGCGAAUGACGAAGGCAUCACAGCUCUACACAACGCCGUCUGUGCCGGCCACACCGAGAUCGUCAAGUUCCUCGUGCAGUUUGGAGUCAAUGUCAAUGCCGCUGACAGUGACGGCUGGACCCCCCUGCACUGUGCAGCCUCCUGCAAUAACGUGCAGGUGUGCAAGUUCCUGGUGGAGUCCGGCGCAGCCGUGUUCGCCACCACCUACAGCGACAUGCAGACGGCAGCGGAUAAGUGUGAGGAAAUGGAGGAAGGCUACACCCAGUGCUCGCAGUUCCUCUAUGGAGUCCAGGAGAAGAUGGGCAUCAUGAACAGAGGUGUGGUGUACGCUCUGUGGGACUACGAGAGCAAGGAAGAUGAUGAGUUACAGUUCAGUGAGGGGGACUGCAUGACCGUGCUGCGGAGGGAGGACGAGGAUGAGGUCGAAUGGUGGUGGGCACGCAUGGGCGACAGGGAGGGCUACAUCCCCAGAAACCUGCUUGGGCUGUAUCCAAGAAUAAAACCCAGACAAAGGAGCUUGGCUUAAGUGCACCCCUGCCACAGAGCACAUAACGCCAUAGGACAGUCGUUGUGUUGCUCAGACACGCAGACUUGCACAUCAUCCAUAGCUACGCUAAGGACAGUCAUACGCUAAGCAGUCAUGAAGAGACCAAAACAUGAAGGAUUUAUCUCCCCCCCCCCCCCCCCCCCCCAGAAGAACAAAAAAAGAAACCAACAGCAAACUGCACUCCGCACCUUGGAUGGGUUAAGGACCACUGACACUUUUGGCUCGUCUGAAGCACUUUUUUCCCCGAAGUUGUCUGAUUUUUUUUUUUUUUUUUUUUUUUUUUUUUUUUUUUUUUAAAUACUUUCCUCCCUCAGAAACCUCUUUUUUUCAUACUCUCUGCAAUACCAUAACCAUCUUUGUGAGAGUAGCCCCUAGAAUAUGACUGGGCAGUACUCUAUAAUAGGAAGAACAAGAGAUUCUGAUGUUUGCUGAGGGGGAGAUUAUCUAGCUGCCCUUUCUCUACAUUGUUCGGGGGGGGGGUUAUAUACAGAGGUCGUCUUUAUCUAUGUAUCCUGUUGGCUAUGAAAUCAGUGAGUGACCAUUGAGCCUGUUAAAUACAUUUCAGUGUGAGCAGGCUAUGUGUUCUUUGGACAAUCUUUCAGGAGAUUUUUUUUUUUUUUCCCCCCCCAGUAAUGUCUUCAUGUAAACUAUGAGUCUAUAAAAUUUUAACUGUUCAGUUACUGUAGAAACCAUAAGCUUGUAUGUUAGAGCAGUGUACAUGCUGUAGUAUUGGGUGUUUUUGUUUUCUUUCUCCCCCCCAUACCGAUCUGAAGGGUUAGAAUACUUCAAGUCACUUUUUAUAACUUGGGCACACUGUUUUCUGUGUAUGACACUACACCUCAGUAUAUGUUAAUAUAUAACAUCAACUCAGCAAUUGUGCUUUCAGAUGACUGCUUGAAGGUGAAUUCAAUGAAGUAGUCGCACUGUAGAUGAUGUUUUGGUAUUUAGUGAUUUUUAAUCUACUUCUAUUACCUUUUGGUCAGUAUUCAUUUGCCACAGUCUCAGUGACACUUUUACACAACACUAAAACUGCCUUGAAUGCAGGCAUGUGAUCUGUAGAGCAUCUGAAUUGCUGGAGUAUCAGAUGAAGUGAAUCUGUUUCCCUCUGCUUUCACGUGACAAAACAACUUGCUCAUCUUCAUUGUAUUUGCCAUUCCAUUUGGCCAGUUUAUCCAAGAGCUGGUCUUUUUUUCUUUCGAUACCUUUUAAAAGCUUUGUGAUAUAAGCAGGUGUUAUGGGCCACCAUUUUAUCAAGUAAUUGAUGGUGACAUGAUGGAAGUGAUAGGGUAAGUUUGAAGUUUCCCCCCCCAUUUUUCUUAUUUUCUUAAUGUGUUACUUUUAAAAACUUUUUCGGUUUCCUUUAACUUUAAAACAUUUUUACCACCUGUCACUGUCAAAGGAAAUGUAUUUAUGUUAUUUUACAUGUCUCUUGUGAUCUGUAACCUCACCUAAUCAUAAAACACCACACAUCUUUUCAUA